AUGUUAUUCCUCAUUUUAAUCGAUUUCAUUUUUGCGUGCCAAUAUGAAUCAACGUAUGCAAACAUCACUGAUAUCAAUUCACUCAUACCUAUCAAUCAUAUCAUCUAAUCAGUAACAUAAACAUAAACCUUAUAAAAUACAUAACAAUUCACCAAUAUUACACUCUAUACUAAACAUAUCAAUCAUACAUUUACUAAUUUUGGAUAACUCACUAUCUAUUUAAAAUAAUCUAUUUCAUACAACUUUUUAAACGCUACAUUCUAAAGUUUUGGAUAAGCAAUCCUUUAGGAUGUACCUUUUAUAUUGUAAUUAUCAUUCAACACAUAAACCAACACAUUUUAUACCAAUUCCAUAUAGUACAAUUCACCAACACAAUUUACUUUUAUUGCACUCAUGAACUAUUACCAAUAUUUUCAAUCUGUAGUUAACUUAAUAAUUGCUUAAAUCCCUCCUCAACUCAAUAUACUAUUUAAUUCCAUUUAAUUUUAGUUUUAGCCUAUAUUUCCUGAUUACACUUAUACCUAUAUCAAUAUAAAUGGAUAACCAUUGACAAUUGACUUUACUUAUCAAUCUAAUAAUAUAUCAUAUUAAAAGUAAGAUCUUACUCUUAUUGGCUAAUUAUUAAUCAAGAAUUAUAACAAUAAUAUUUGUACAGAAACUCAAUUACCGAAUAAUAGUACUUAAUUUUAGCAAUUAGAAAUAUUUUCAACAUCAAUUAUUUAAUCAAUCAUUCAAUAUGCUUACUCAUAAAACUAUUUUUAAAUUUAAUUGAAUAAUAAUUGGAAGAGUUAAGAUUUUUAAUUCUUAAUUGGCUCUUUUUAAAAUUUACUUUAUAAUUUAGAAAAAGUUAGUCCAAUUACACCUGUUACUGGAUGGUGUAAUCUAACAGAAAUUCCUUAAUAUAAUCCUUUUAAUAUUACCCUUGCAUAUUAAUGUAAUUUUUAUUACUCAGAAGAUCAAAUUAUAUUAUUGACUCUAGAAUUUGAUCUAGUUCUAAAUCUUUAAUUUAAUUAAACAUUAUCUCAAAUAGAAAUUAUUUGUUAAUAAUACUAAUAUACUUUUAAUAAUUUGCUUAGAUCUUUCAACGAAAAGUAUCCACCUAAACCAUAAUUUUGGUCAUUGACAAAUCUUUACUUAACAACAAUUUUGAAUACCCAUAUUAAAGAUCAUCCACUGUUUGGUAUAAAUAUUUAUUUAUACAUUAGGAUCCGGAUUCUAGACUAUUCCCAGAAACUCUCCAAAUAUCACUAUUAAUAAUGAUUAUUUAAUGAUAUAUUAAAAUAAUUGA